CUCUCUCAGCUCGUGUGCGGACAAAAUACUUGUGCGUGAAAUUUUUCUGUGCCAAUUAAACUAAAAAUAAAACUAUUUUAAGGGAUAAAAACUAACGAAUCUGAACUGUAAUUUUUGUUGUAGUAAUUUUAAAACAUUAGUGAAGAUUGCGCAUUCUAUAAAAUAUAAAAAAUGUAGGACAAAUUUAUGUUUGAGUGGUCAAUAUAAAUUUUACAAAGCUUGUAGGGAAAACCGAUUGAAAAAUCCUGUAUAGAGGCGAACUGGCUUCAAUGAUAUAAGUAUGAAAGAAAUGGUUGCAAAUCCAUCAGCUUGAAUAUGGUUGUACUACUUCGAUAAGUGUUUGGCCGGGGUACAGCGUAAAAUUCAAUGUCUAUUAAAACGAAAACAAAAGCGAAGGUACCGAUGGUGGUAAUAUACAAUAAAGAAGAAAAAGUGGAAGUGGAAUUAACAGUGACUGCUGUCAGCUAAAAAAAUCCAAGUGGAAAAGGCGACUGCGAUUACCGAAAAUGGCGUUCUAAUCGAGCUGGUGUAAACCCUUUCCCUUUGAAUCGGUCGCAAUUUGUAAGGAAAUCGGCAGUGACUUAAAAUAAUGUGGAUUACUAAAGGACUUAUUAAAAUUAAAUAAAAAUGUGCUAUAUGUAGAAUGAAACGAAUGUAGUGUACAAAAAAAUAAUAUACAUAAGUAAACUCAAACAAAGAAAUUUCGUCUUGGGUUAAUGUAUUUGCACAAGUUCACUUAUUUAUUUGUAACUUGUAUAUAAAUUACAUAGCUGAUAUUUGAAAAUAACAUUAUAACAACUUUUAUUACCAAUUCAAAAAUAAUAAUAUAAUUUAUAAAAGAAAAAUGCCCAGCGCUUCCUUUACAUCGUCACGUUCAUACGUGCGCCGUUCCCGUCGAAAAGGUGUCAAUCGCAUAGCUUUACCAAAUCGUCCAUCCGGUAACAUAAUGGAUCCUAUGCAGCAAAACAUUCCCGGACCAAGUUCUGCCUCACAUUCUGGAGCAAAUUCCAGUUCUAACGCCGGUGCAUCUUCCCUUCAAAAUAAUGACAAUAUUACAAAUUCAAAUAUUUCGCCUGCUCCACAAGACUCAUCAUCAAUUCAAACAAAUCCUCAUUCGACAUUAUCAACCGCAUCAUGUUCUUCUGGUGAUACAUCAUCGCAAUCAGCUGCAAUUGUAGUGAGCACCUCGUCAGCAGCAGCAGCAGCGUCAACUGCUGCUGGUGCUGUUUCAUCAGAAAUGUUUGUGGAUGUCUCUGGAGCAUCCUGUUCACAAUCGUCAAAUUCAGGGCCUUCUACGUCUAGCGGUAUUUCAGGUCCUUGCUCAUUUGGAGUAGUCAACUCAAAAAACGUGCUUGGAGCUUCUUGUUCUAAUAAUAUAAUAGGAUCGUCAGGUUUUAAUGGAGGAGGAGGCUUUGUGGGAGGUCAUCUGAUGGAUUCUGGAUCGAGUAAUCCUUGUCCAGGUCCGUCAAGUAGUUCAAAUCAUAAUAGUACCAGUACUUCUAGUAUUGUAAAUCAUACAAGCAACUGUAAUUCACAUUAUUCAAAUUCGGUAUUGUGCAACUCGUUAUCAAAUGUAACUGCAUCUACUUCUGCGUCUGCGACCAAUAGUACACAUCAAUCACCAUAUGAUCUUCGUCGCAAGAUGCCCGCUAAUGGACAUGAGCAUUGGUGUAACACCAACACAUCUGCUAUUCUUUCAUCUCCUCCUGCAAUCGUUUCUACAGCCAGCAGCAGCAAUAUUGCAGCUCCAAACGCUAACAAUAGCAGCUCGCAAUCAGUUUCCUGUGGCUCACCGCCUCAUCUGGGAGGAAGUUGCAACCCCGCUUCCAUCUCUGUUAUGCCAUCAUCAUCAUCCUCGUCAUCAGCAAUUGUGCAUACGCCAUUAACUAGUGCCACUUUUCCUGUAAAUUCAACUACUACUGGUGCACCAUUAGGCCCAUCGCCUACAGUGCACAGUUCAAUACCACAACAGCAUUGCAGUGAUCUUCCGAUUGGCGGAAUUGAAGACAAUAAUUUUAUGUUACCAGCUCGCAAACGAUCACGACGUUUGUAUGCACAAACUGCAGAAGUACCCUGCAUGGCUGCCUGUACAGGCAGCAGCAUGCUAGCAGGUCCAACUGCGGCUCAAUACUUACAAUACGAAAUGCCCGACGAAGUUUUACUCGCAAUAUUUUCGUAUCUUCUAGAGCAGGAUUUGUGUAGGUUAUCACUUGUUUGUAAACGUUUUAACACUAUCGCUAACGAUACCGAAUUGUGGAAACGAUUGUAUCAGUCCGUGUUCGAAUACGAUAUGCCACUAUUUAAUUCUGAACUAUGUAAAUUCGUCUUUGAAAAACCAGAAGAAUCUGAGUUUACCAAUCCAUGGAAAGAGAGUUUCCGGCAACUUUACCGUGGCGUACACGUUCGUGCAGGUUUUCAGGAUAAAAAGUACUCCGGCCGUAGUAUAUUAUUCUUCAAUACAAUACAAGGAGCGCUGGACUAUCCUGAAGAACGCGCCGCAGCUGCGGCCAUUGCUAGUUCAAGCAGUUCAAAUGCAUCUGGAAGUAUUGCUAAUUCAAGUAAUUGUGGUAGUAAUGUUAGUGCAGUUGCGAACAUUUAUGAAGAAAAUAUACAACCCGCCGAUCAUCCAGGGCCACUUAUCUUCCUACAUGCUGGUCAUUACAAAGGCGAAUAUUUGUAUAUAGAAUCGGAUGUAGCUUUGAUUGGUGCAGCAUCUGGAAAUGUGGCCGAAUCCGUCAUAUUAGAACGCGAAGCGGGUUCCACUAUGAUGUUUGUAGAAGGUGCCAAAUAUGCUUAUGUCGGCUAUUUGACGCUGAAGUUCUCCCCUGAUGUCACAUCCACAGUGUCUCAUCAUAAACAUUAUUGUUUGGAUAUUGGAGAGAAUUGCUCACCAACAGUAGAUAACUGCAUUAUACGCAGCUCAUCGGUUGUGGGCGCAGCUGUUUGUGUUAGUGGUGUUAAUGCUAAUCCUGUCAUACGCAACUGCGAUAUAAGCGAUUGCGAGAAUGUUGGUCUUUAUGUAACGGACUACGCUCAAGGAACUUAUGAGCACAAUGAAAUAAGUCGCAAUGCUUUGGCCGGAAUAUGGGUGAAGAACUUUGCCAGUCCUAUUAUGCGCGAGAAUCACAUUCAUCAUGGACGCGAUGUAGGCAUAUUUACAUUUGAAAAUGGAAUGGGUUACUUUGAGAAAAACGAUAUACAUAACAAUCGCAUUGCGGGUUUUGAAGUCAAAGCGGGUGCAAACCCUACUGUAGUCAAAUGCGAGAUUCAUCAUGGGCAAACCGGCGGAAUUUAUGUGCAUGAGAAUGGUUUGGGGCAGUUUAUUGAGAAUCGCAUACAUUCAAAUAAUUUUGCAGGCGUCUGGAUAACUUCAAAUAGUAAUCCCACUAUACGCAAGAAUGAAAUAUAUAAUGGACAUCAAGGAGGUGUAUACAUAUUUGGAGAAGGUCGUGGGCUCAUCGAGCAUAAUAAUAUAUAUGGGAAUGCUCUGGCUGGUAUACAGAUACGAACGAAUAGUGAUCCGAUAGUACGUCAUAACAAAAUUCAUCACGGCCAACAUGGGGGUAUAUACGUACAUGAAAAGGGUCAAGGUCUUAUUGAAGAAAACGAAGUGUAUUCCAACACUCUGGCAGGUGUUUGGAUAACAACAGGCAGUACUCCAGUUUUGCGCCGAAAUCGCAUACAUUCUGGAAAACAGGUGGGUGUAUAUUUCUAUGAUAAUGGUCAUGGAAAACUUGAGGACAACGACAUCUUCAAUCACCUGUACUCGGGUGUGCAAAUACGUACUGGCAGCAAUCCCGUUAUACGUGGAAAUAAAAUUUGGGGCGGACAAAACGGUGGUGUAUUAGUUUACAAUGGUGGUCUCGGUUUAUUAGAGCAAAAUGAAAUAUUUGAUAAUGCAAUGGCUGGGGUGUGGAUUAAAACUGAUUCAAAUCCGACAUUGAAGCGCAAUAAGAUAUAUGAUGGACGCGAUGGGGGCAUUUGUAUUUUUAAUGGUGGCAAAGGUAUCCUUGAAGAGAACGACAUCUUCCGUAAUACUCAGGCUGGUGUUCUCAUCUCUACCCAAUCUCAUCCAAUUCUGAGACGCAAUCGUAUUUACGAUGGUCAGGCAGCUGGAGUCGAAAUCACCAACAAUGCAACUGCGACAUUAGAGCAUAAUCAAAUAUUUAAAAAUAAAUUCGGUGGAUUAUGCCUAGCGAGCGGUGUUCAGCCCAUUAUACGCGGCAAUAAUAUAUUCAACAACGAAGACGAAGUCGAAAAGGCAGUAUCCGGAGGACAGUGUCUGUACAAAAUUAGCAGUUAUACAUCAUUUCCAAUGCACGACUUCUAUCGUUGUCAAACAUGUAAUACCACUGACCGCAAUGCGAUUUGUGUCAAUUGCAUUAAGAAUUGUCACGCAGGACACGAUGUGGAGUUCAUACGACAUGACCGCUUUUUUUGUGAUUGCGGUGCUGGUACGCUUUCGAAUCAGUGUCAGUUGCAAGGCGAACCCACUCAGGAUACGGAUACUCUCUAUGAUUCAGCUGCCCCGAUGGAAUCUCAUACUCUUAUGGUGAAUUAAUAUCUUUCAACAAUUAAUAAAUAUCAAUAAUCUAAUAUAAAUGAACUGGACUGAAAAAAAUGGAGAUUGAUUCGAAUUAACGAUCUAGUAAGAGAGUAUAAGAAAGUCGGAUGCCAUUUCUUGACUUUUAAUCUAAUAGGCCAUUCGACCCUAUUGACGUUGAUUGAAAAAGCUAGAAUCUGAAAAUGCUACAGGGUGCGCCGUCUUUUAUGUCUGUAUAUAAAUAUUUAAAAAAUAUAGCAUUUACCUAGAUAAUUGAGUUGGCGAGACAUGUUCUACUAACCUCAAAUUUUUGAGCUAGAGAUUGAAGCUAAUACAGAUAUUCGAAUCGGUUCCUUGGAAUAGGUCAAGCAAUCGCUGGAAGGGCUUAUACGGGCUGAUUUCCUAAAGGAAGUUGUGAGGAGCGAUGUUACAGCUGCAAAAAGGGUUAUUGAUGCUCACUGGUCUCACCAGGUGAUUGGGUUUUAAAUUUCGAAUUCCACUCUUUCAUACUGACAUAAAAGUUGGCGCACCCCGUAGCCCCAAGUAAUCCUGCUCGGGACGAUAGUAUACUUCUUUAUAUCAAUUCAAUGAGUGUCAAUUGAAUUAAAUUUACAAGCUUAAUAAGAACAAUGAAAUUUAGUUUAGGAUAAACUCGAAUAACUUUUUUUUUACGUGUUUUCUAUAUUUGUGUGCUUAUUGUUUCAUACACCUUCUUGUGUUUCGUAAGGUAAACUCUUUGCUUUAAAAUAUAUUAAGUGCUCGUUUCAAUUUUACUAAUUUUACAUUUUUUAGUAUAUUGAUUGACCAGUUAGGAACGAGCCAUCUGUUUUUGGUGUUAUGUAUUCGUAAAUGUAAGAAACAAUUUAAGUAUAGUAUAUUUUCUAAUUUAAUUACAAUUUCAUUGUACAAAUUGUAUAGAUUGUAUAUUACAAGUAAAAGUAGAAACGCUGGAAAUAAUUCCAACAUAUAUCUAAAAAUUUACUCCGCGCUUUGGAAAUCAAGGAAUGUGCAAUUAGAGACAAUUAAGUGAUCAAUAUUUAGGUUACUAUAACGCUUAUAAUAGAAGUAAUUCAUAUUCAUCAUUCGUCUAGAGUAAAAACACACAAGCACCUAGUUGUAUAUCCAACACAUACACAUGCAUAUAGCGACAUUACGGGAAUUAUCGUACACAUUUGAUAAUUUAUGAUCGAAAAACUGUUUUAUUGUUCUAUUUAAAGUUUUUAAUAUAUGUAUACCUAUACAAUAUGAAUUCUUAGACAGCUAUCAAAGCAUUAAAUGUAUUACAUACAUAAAUCCAGUGAACUUUUCGCAAAUUGUUUGCAAAUUCAACUUUUCACACCACAAUGAAUGCCAACAAUCUCUUAAAUGUAAUAAGCAUGCAAAUUGACAUCAUCUCAUGAAGGAUACAUCAAAUACAUACAUAUAUUUAACAAAAAAUGUCCGUUCAUGCAAUCAAAUGUAUGUACAAUGAUCUUACACUAGUUAUUAAGUUAUAUAAGAUAUUUGUCUAUACAUAUAUUGACGGUAUACGCAUUAUCACACUACUUGCAUUCAAUAUUACGUAUUUCAUAGAAGAAAGGUGUUAUUUUGUUUCAUUUGAACCUCAGUUUCGUCCAGUAGAUAUCCACAUAUUUAAUGUGUAGUAGCUGUAGUGUAUGUGAAGCAAUUUCUAAGUAUUACAAUAAUUUUUAAUUUUGCGAAAUCAAAAAUUUUAUACAUUAUACAUACAUAUAUACAAAUAUAUAUUAUAGAAGAUAUUGUAUGGAUAUUUAAAACGGUAUGAGCAACUGCGGCUCUGCACAAUUGUAACAAGUAAACAUACAUAUUUGCAUAUGCAUAAAUAAGGAAUGAGCAAUAUAACGUUACUCCCGGGGCUUAGCAGUGUACAUGCUGUGUGCCAGAAAAUUUUCAAAGAAAUGAUAAAUAUUUUUUACUCUGCCCCAGCUAUAGUUAUAGUCAAAGUAAUUAAUUAAGAAUACAUAUAUGUAUGUACGUGUGCCAGAUAAGACACAAUAAUAUUACCUUUGAUAUGUAAUGAAAAGUGACUACAUGUCUGUAAUGUUAUCAUCACUAUUUUUAUAUACACAUUUUUUAAUUGUUUGUCUUUUUGUUGAAAUGUUUUAUAACUAAAAACACAUUUUAUGUGUAUCCUUAAACGUAUGCCUUUCAUUUAAUUUUUCACACCGAAUGUAAAUUCUAUAUUAAAAUGAUUUUUUAUAUGCUCCAGUGUGUCAUUUAGGACUUAAGUAAAGUUAAAUAGAAUAGUAGUAAAAUAAGCUGAUAUGUAUGAAAACGCCAUUCUGUAUCAUAAUUAUACGUACAAAAAUAUCCAAAGGCUGCAUGCAUAGUAGUUUCAUACACCAAGAAAAUCCCACAUAUGUAUGUAUGCAUGUAUGGCAUACGAACUUUUAUCGAAUCUGUGAACAACAUCUUUGCUUGUAAACAAACUGUCAAAAUAUAUCAUUCGAAACAAAAUACUAUUCAAGGUAAUAGAUAAAUCAGAAAAGGGACGGAAAUUAUCUAUACAAUUAGCUUCUCUACGUAGGGGCCAUCGUCCGAAUCUAUGGUGGACAGAUAUAUUUGGCUUGUUAAGAGAAGUCAGUCGUGUUCGUCAGAAAUUUCGCCAGAAUAAGAGCCCUGGCAUAUUUUAAAAGAGUUUUAGUUGUUGUGAGACUGAUCCUUAUUGCGGUUGUAAUGACAUAGAGUAUUCUUCCAAUAUUUUUGAAGUUCUGGUUACGUCGAGCUCACUUACAUGAGAACGGUGAGACUGAUUCAUUUGGGACGAAAUGACUCAUGAGAAACAAGUAUAAACAUGCUCAUAUUGUUUUUUUUUUACCAUAUACAUAAAUGAAAAUUUUAUUUACUUACUGAGCUCUAAAAGUGUUAAUUUGGUAAUAAUGGUAUGACCAUUAAACUAACCAUAAUACAUUAUAGUUGCAGUCAAGAGGAUAUAACAUUAAAGAUAUCUUUAUUGUACUCUCCAGAAUGUUUCUUAUCGUCCCCAAUACUAAUUUUCCUGCUUUUUUAGCGAUAUAAUAUUAUCCUUUGUGUUAGUCUCUCAUCAUUUGCUAUUUUCAAGAAAGGCGAAAGAGCUCUUCACUAGUACAAGUAUGUCCAGUUUACAAGGAAUAUAUGAAAUUCAAUUAGAUUUGGCAACCGACCUAGUUUGUUUUAUAAGGAAAUAUUCUUUCUCUCGCUAAUUCGGGGAAGAAAUGCUCUAGUUUGAGUGCAAGAUGAUUAAUUGUGUUUAAUAUUGAUAGUACGUGAAAUAAAAAGUAUGGCAACAGAGAAAAACUAAUUUGGAAGAGCGAAUUAUCAACGAAGACAAAAUCCUUUUACAUUUUUGUCCAACAGAACAAAUGCCCCUGUGAGUAGAUUCAAAUGGUGUCCUCAAUAAAUGACUGAUUUGCUAAUGAAAAGAGAGGAGUAAACAAUUGGUUUAGCAACGACAACAAAACCAGUAACAUUAUAUAUUAUAUAAGUGUUUGAAAGAACAAAUAACAUACAUAUAUAAAAAAUUAAAUGCAUACAUACAUUUGUACGUAAAUACGCAUUAACUUUAUGGAAUAUACAUAGAUAUAAUUCAUUAACAUUAAAGUUUACUUAAAACCAAUGAAAAAUGAGUCUUUUUUUAACAAGUUUAUGGACGUUUUAGUAAAGUGUAUCUUCCAAAAAAGAGGUGAAUAAAUGCGGACUCGGUUUUACCAAGAAAACUUG